AUGUUACCAACGAACGUCAUGACCUUUAUGAAGAAGAUGGUUGCCACCGAUGAGAAUGCCUCAACACAAAAUACCCCAGACAGUGGAGGCACAUUUGGAAAAUUAAAACAGACGCUAUCAUCAUCAUUGCUAACAGCCCAAGAUAGAGUGAAUAAAAUGUCUCCACGUCCAUCGCUAAUACCAACAGAUGCUGAUGGCACCUACGGCAGUUAUCAGCAACAGGAUACGCUUGCAAAUCAAAAUAACAAUAACAACAAUAAUUCGACAACAAUGACAGGAACAACAACUGCGGGCGGUGGUGGUGGCGGUGGCAGCAGCAACAGUAGUGCGACAACAAAUUCCUCCAAACAAAAUACCGAACCGGGUCGUAGAGCGGGAGCAUGUCGAGUCUGUUUGAAAUCAUUUAAACCGGAUGAUUUUCACAAAACGUGCUUCGAAUGUCAGCAGAGGGUGUGUGAGGAUUGUGCCAGCUAUAGUAAAUUGGAAGAGAAUGAGGAUGCGAACAUGUGGCGUUGCAGUGUGUGUCGACGGAAAAUGGCAUCCCGAGUAUGUAUGCCACAGGCAUCAACAGACUCCAGUUUGGAUGUACCCGUAUUAGAGGCACUGCAGAGACGUCAUUCAGACGCCAAGCUGGGAUCAAGUACACAAACAUUGGCACCGGCAAAUGGUGCUGCACUGGCACCACCACGUAGCCCCGAACUGCGAAGACAUUCAGAUGUAUCACCUGCGUCAUUAAAAGAAUUGGAGAGGCAACUAAAAGGUAAUAAAACACCUGGUGGAGAUGGUGACUGGCGUAAGGGUGGCCAUAGUAUGGCGCCCAGCCGCUCCAAUAGUCCACCGCGACAAGAAGAAUUAAGUUUUGGACCACCAUUAUCACGCAUGGCUUCCAGGCGAGGAUCUCGUGUUGCUCGUCAGCAUAGUUACGAUGAUGAGGCAACCGCAGCUAGUGCCGGUGGUGGCAUGGGUGCUGGUGGUUUGGGUGCAGAUAUGGGUUUGGGUAUACCAGCCAUGCCAAGAAGAAAAUCAGCUUAUGAUGUUUUUGCUCCUGGUGUUCUGCAAGCUGUGGCCCAGUCUACCCAACGCGCAACUCCAGAUUUAUCAACAAUCACACCCCAGAUUGCAUUGCCCGGUUCUCGACGACCAUCAUUUCGUGUACCCCAUCCCUCCGAAGAUUUGAAUAACGAUGAAUCACCCAGUCCCGACAAGGGUAGUCCCGUAUUGACAGUGGACGAAGAUAGACGUAUGCGACGAAGGGGAUCACAAUUACCCGAUUUAGCUGCUUUACAAUCUCGCGGUGCCAUACCCGGUGCUACAAUUGCACCAUCAUCGAUACCACCACCGUUGGCCGCUUUCACCGGACCGAAUUUGGAAGAUUUGGAAGCGCCCCGAAGACAAACGUCUAUGGAUGGUGAAGCUAUAAAAAUUGUAAUACACGACGUAGAUUCUGGACCAAUUUGCUCGUCGAAGCGUCGUAUAAUUCUAAGAAGAGAUCCAUCGGACAUAGCACAUCGCACGCGCGGCUUUGGUAUGCGUGUUGUGGGUGGCAAGACUGGUGCAGAUGGCCGACUAUUUGCCUAUAUUGUGUGGACAGUGCCCGGAGGACCAGCUGAGAAAAAUGGUCUACAACAAGGCGAUAAGAUUUUAGAAUGGAAUGGCAUGUCACUGAUCGAUCGUAGUUUCGAAGAGGUCUGCAGUAUAAUGGAUCGUACCGGUGAUAUAGUGGAGCUAUUGGUGGAACAUGCCACCGAUUUCAGAAUGUGUGAUUUAUUUGAUGAAAAUCUACCACCGGGUAAUAGUGGCGGCAGUGAACGAGGGCCAAGACGUUCAGGCGAUGGCCCUGUAGGUUUGGGUCUAAUAGCCGACCCUGAAACUACAGUUGACAAAUCACCGGCAUCACCAACACGGCGGAAAUUACCCAAGACUCCGGAACAAAUUGCCCGAGAAAAAAUGGUUAGUGGUCGGGUACAAAUCCAAGUUUGGUAUCACAGUGAACGAAGUGAAUUGGCCGUAUCUCUAAUGGCUGCCGACGACUUGGCAUUGCGGGAUGAAGCCUAUGGUCAUGGAAAUUUGCCAGAAGCCUAUGCAAAAGUUCGAAUAUUACCAAAAUGCGGCGAUGGCUCUGUCCAACAAACCGAAGUUAGUCCACCCACACAAAAUCCGAUAUGGAAUGCAACAUUAUCCUUUGCUCACGUGAAAGCCGAACACCUCAUGGAUCGUUACAUUGAUAUACAAUUGUGGGAUUUAGUACCACAUACCGAGUCCAUAUUUUUGGGCGAAUGCAAUAUCGAGUUGCAACAGGUAUUUCUAGACGAUCGCGCCAUUUGGUGUCGUCUCGAAGAUCCGAAAGGUUUGCGCGGCAUUAGCAUGUCAAAAUCCCCCAGUGUAUCACCGCGUGGCUCUAUAGCUGCGGGCGCUCCCGGAGGCGAUGUUUCACGUCUGCUACGCAGAGAUUAUAAUAUGCAACGUUCCAUUUCGGAUGAUGUGGAUUCGAUUGGUGAGUGUACGUCUCUGUUGCAUCCGGAUCAUGCAUGGAUUGCCGGCUCACGACGUGGUUCAUCCCAAUCGGAGACACUGGAAGUGGAAGUCUAUCAGUUGGGCAAAGAUUUUUCGAGAUCAUUGCCUGGAUCUCGACGAUCAUCAUUUCAGGAUGCUGACAAGAAUCGAGAAGAUGAUAUGGCUCCACCUCCUGCCACCUAUUUGGUGGGUCGUCGUCGAUCUUCGGUGGCACGCAGAGAUCCCGAGGAAAUCCUGAAGUCAUUAAAGGCUGUUGGUCGUGCCAUGAGUUUAGGUACCGAACAGACAGUGAAACGUAUGGGCUCAAGACGUACCAGUCGCGUUGGUCUACCCAGCAAUCCGAGUAGUCGUAAGAGCUCUGUUUUCGAUUUGUCACAGCAGCAACAGCAAUUACCACUGGGUUUGGGUAAUACCGCCACAAGUCCACCAUCCGAUGAAGAAAUGAAACCACAAUUUCCACCCCGCUGGAAGGGUAGCGGUGGCAAUAUGUUGCCAGCAACACCAAAACAAGCACUCUCCAUGCUUAAACAGGCCUCCUCGGCCACCAAUGUUUCCGAAAGACAAUACUACUUGGGAUCACAACAACAACAACUCACUGACAGUCCACAACAUGUGCGCAAGGGCAGUGUUUACAACUUAAGACCAGACGAAAGUCCACAACGCAAAGCCAGUAUUUACACCAUGAACACCGGUGAAACACCGGCAACACAGCGACAACGCAAGGGAAGUAUGUAUGUUGCAGCGGGAAACAGUGGCCCUGGGGCUACCACCGGUUCAAGUCUUACGGUACAUGAAACGUUACGUAAAAAUAGCAUUAUGGCUCCGUCCACGCCCGACAGCCCGUCCAUGUCCCGCAAAUCCAGUGUUGUACCUUCAAAUUCCAGUGCAAAAUCCUACAAAAGUUUAUCCGACUCUUCGAGUAAUUUAUCAACGACAGUUUCGUCAUCGCUCAGUGCGACUUCGACCAGUUAUGGUUUACAAUUGGGACCAGGACAAAUACAUCCGAAAGGUUAUCGCCUGACAACGGAGCGUCAUGGUGAAUUGAAGAUGGGCUUUAGCAAGAUAAAGGGUUGCGUUGAAGUUGAG